AUUUGAAAAAUAGAUAUGGCUGCUAUUAAUAGAGAAUUACAAAGCCGUUCCAAACAAUUAUCAGAACGCCUUUCUGAAUCUUUAUAUAUUUUGGAUCACGAUCCUUCAAUGGCUCUUUAUAGAAUUCAAGAACAUACAAAUAAAGUUGCACCGAAAUUAGUUGUUAGAAGGCAGCAAAUGUCCCAAUUAAAUUUUCAAAUUCAAGGAGCUUGUUUUGAUUUGGAUAACGCUAUUAAGACUGUUGACCAAAUGAAAACAGCACAAUCUUCUCUUGAACGGAUAAAGAAAAUUUUGAUUGGAGAAAAUUGUGGUAAUCAACAAUAAAUAUUAAAAAAAAUAAAAUUAAUUUUGACUUUUAUUUUAAUAAAUCCACACACAAUUCAAUUAAUAAAUGGCAAUUUAUGCAUAAAAACAAAAAUAUUUAAAAAUACAAAAAAAUUAA